AGCCUUUCAUCCAGACUGUCGCUGUUCCAGUCGAGCGGCGCGCUAACUUUUUCUGUACACACAUUUUCUGCUGCGUCUCCACUCGGAACUCGCGGUGUUUGGUUGCCCGCUGACGUCACUGUCCCAGCAGAGACUUUGGGGUUUUUGGUUCAAGCAGUAUGCAUCUCGCUCUCGCCGGACUGAAGCCUCUCGUCCUUCACUCUGGUCCGCGGCUGCGACCGACAUGAGUCGGGCUCCGGAGGGCGUUUUCCGAGCGGCAGUACGACCAAAAAGCGGACGAUGAAAGCGCGCGGCUGAGACUGACGGAUGUGGCUCCAGCAGGAUGUCAACAUCAGACACUGAGGUGGUCAACAGAAGGCCACGGCCUCAGCGACAGCAGAAGCUUCUGCUCCUGAACCUCCAUCUGUUGGCCAACCCCGGGGACUCCCUGCUGCUGCAGCACACUCUGGACCGCCUCCUCUCCUGGCUCUGCCCGAGCCUCCGCAUCUUCCACGUGUCGGAGAGAGCUGCCCCCUACAGGAGCUUCCCGCGCCUCAGCCCCGUCUCAGGUUACCCAUCUCUGGCCAUCACCUUCUUCCUCCACGAGGCCUACGGCGAGGAGCGCAUCCUCAAAGUUCUGGACUUCUUCCAGCGCCCGCCCUGGCAGUACCAGUACACAGAGAGCUGCGGCAGCCGGACGGAAGGGAUGCUGAUCACCUCCAGCAGCUUCUCUGGAAACCCCCUGCUGAGACCCUACCUCCUGCCCAGUCGGGACUUCUUCAGCCUGGGCGCAGGGAUGCCUGUGUGGGGGGUUCGCCCGGUCCACUGCGGGGGGGAGAUCCUGCGCGUGACCCUGUUCAGCAGCUACGACAACUACGAGGACUCGGUGCGGCUCUACGAGACGGUGCUGCAGCAGCAGGCCGAGGAGCAGAAGGCCGGCUUCUGCUGGUUCACCCUCCACUCAGAACCGGGGCUCUGCCUUCAGUUGGCUAUAAAGCAGCUGUCACCGGGGGUUCGAGUGGAGCCGUGCAGCUCUGCUGUGCUGCAGUUCAGCGUGGAAGAGAUCGGCCAGCUGGUCCCUCUCCUGCCGAACCCCUGCAGCCCCAUCAGCAGCACGCGCUGGCAGACUGAGGACCUGGAUGGUAACAAAGUCCUCUUCCAGGUGAAAACCCCAGCUCAGCCCCAGCGCCCCCUGACCUGUGCCUUCCCACUGCCCCCCACCAGCGUGUCCCCCCGUGGAAGCCUGCUGAAGAACUCCGGACCGACUCCCUGCAAAGUUGCAGCACCUCUGAACUGGCCAACCCUCAAACAGGGUCACCGACCUCCGACCGAGCCCGUCCUGGAGAAGCUUCAGGGAGGCAGGAAGGAGAGUCUGGGCUCCGGCAGUCGCUGCAGCACUCCCCCAAGCAGCUCCUGCUAUUCCUCCCAGCACAGCAGUCCAGCUCCACCCUCCACCUCCACUUACCCAGACUCCCCCCAACGCCCCUCUCUCACCCGAUCUCUGUCCCACCUCCUUCUGGAAGAGGAUGAGGAGGAGACAAACGUAGACACCGGGGUCCCCGUGCCCCCCAUGACUCGCUCCUCAUCCGUGGACCUCCUCAGUGCUUCCUCAUCAGAGAGGCAGAAGUCUCUGAGAGAUGCUCAUGUGUCGGGCCAGGAUUUGGGUGCAGGUCUUCCAAAGGCACUGGUGAACUCUCAAGGGCCGAGCAGGGCUGCCGACUGCAGAACUCAGGGGAGGAACGUGAGGACUUCAGCAGAGUGUCGUACCACGACGCUUUCAUCGCGUACAAGUAGCGACGAGCCACUGGAUGAGUUCUUCAUCUGAGCCUCUGACUGCAGGUUAGCUCAUGAAAAUGCUCAGUUUAUGGCUGUUUAGAAGUGGCACUUCCUGACGGCCCCCUGCGGCGCAGCAGCUCCGUCAUCACCCCUCACCAGGACCUAGUCGACUGUCAGUCGCGGUUAUUAAUGUACUUCAAAUGUUGUUUCAUUAAUAUGUAUAGGAAUGCAAUAUUUUUUACCUUAUACUGUCUGACUUUAGUUAGGAAGAGAACUUCCUGUCUUCAGUAUUAGAGAACGGAGAUAAACUCAUGACGACCUUGUGUGACAUGUGAUGAUCUCUCAUGGUUUUGAUUUCUCAUCGUGGCCAUAUUUUUCUUUAGUCAGAACUUGCAGACGACAUAAAAAAGUACUAAAUGUUAAGUUUCUGCUCCUGUGCAAAACUCAGAAAAAAAGAUUCCUUUAACGCUCCAACUGGA